AUGGUCUUACCACGUGUUAGGCGCGCCCUGCGUGCAGGCUUCGAGCAACUUGCGCCACAACUUCCUGCUCGGCAGCUCUCACAAAUCACCUUUGACGGGGGAAGCGCGGCAGCCCUCCUCGAUCAAUUCAAACCAGAUACGGCGUACGUAGUGGUCGGAGGUAACUACGCUAAUAGUACAAACCGAGGCCCUGGAGACUUGAAAGUGUCCUGGAAAUGGAAAAGCUCACUGCGAUUCUCGCGAGUCGAGGCAGAUCAGAACAAGUACAAGCAGGUUCUGUCUCAAGUGAACUUUUACAUGAAGCAACACGGUGCCCGAUAUGGAUAUAUCCUGACAAACACCGAGUUUGUCGCUGUCAAGCGACUCAACAGCAAUGGCCGGCUGGCUGUUGCCAACCCAAUUCCAUGGACCAGCGGCAGUAUCGGACAACCUUCCGUGCUGUUAGGACUCUGGUAUCUCGGCAUGUUGGUCGCUGAAAACAAUAACUGGGCUCUCACUGCCUAG